AUGGAAACUAUUCUCAUAGCAUAUGAUCUAUGGGAUGUAGUAGAGGUUGGAGUACAACCACAACCGAUUCUUGAGGAGGAAGAAGGCUCUAGAGAUAAAGAAAGUGAGGCUGAGCAAGUUCCAGUGGAAGCACCUACUAUCUCUAGAGAAGAUAAGAUAAAAAAAAAUGCCAAGGCAUUGAGUCUUAUUCAAGGAGUACUAACAGAUGAGCUCUUUCCUCUCAUCAGAAAUGAGAAGACUGCAAAAGGAGCUUGGGAUAUUCUGAGAAGAGAGUUCAGAUGA